AUGACAACUAAGCCCUUACUUCUCUUCUUGGGCAGUGGCGUCCGUAUUGGCACCCUGACUGCCCAUCACUUCUCACAAAACGGUUACAAUGUCGCCAUCGUCUCCAGAAACCCUUCGUCGAUCCCUGAAGUCUUCGCCGCCGCAAAGGCAGAGUUUGGCACGAAUCCGUCCGUGGUCGUUUAUAACGCCUACAGCGUUACGUCACCACCAGAAAAGGAUGUCCUGUUCUCAAUCUCUGUAGACAAGUUCACAGAAGCUUUGAAUGCCAACACAAUCAGUGCGUUUGCGGCUGCGAGUGAAGCUGUUCGCGGCUGGGACGAGAUGUCAGAAACUACAUCAAAGAAAACUUUCAUCUUUACUGGGAGUAUCCUAAAUGUGCGCCAUAUCCCUGAGACGUUUCUUGCAACGCUCGGGGUUGGUAAGUCGGCGACGGCUUAUUGGGUUGGCUCAGCCGCGGCCUCCUACUCGGGGAAAGAUUACAGGUUCUUCUACGCUGAUGAGAGAAAACCAGAUGGAAAUCCUGUUGGUGGGGAGAUUGAUGGGAAUGCACAUGCAGACUUCUACUGGGAUCUAGCAGCUGGAAGAGAUAAUAUUCCAUGGCAUGCUACUUUUGUGAAGGGGCGAGGCUAUGUGAAAUUUUAG